GCCCGGACGCCGGCGGGGCCGCCGAGGCUGCUGUGAGAGGGCGCCCGCGGCUGCUGGGGAGCAGACAGGCGAGGGAGGCGGGGAGGCGGCGGCCGCGCUAGCUCGCCUGCUCGGCCGCUUCCCGGCGCCGCUGCGGGUCCGCCGCCGCUCGUCCUGCCGGCCCGCUGCUCCGCUGAGCGCCGCGGGAGCUGCCGCGCGUUGGCCGCGUUCCGCCUCCGUCCGGGAGUCGCGCGCGCCGGCGGACUCAGCGCGGAGGGCGAGCCGGCGCCACACCUGUGGAGCCGGCGGCCGUCGUGGGUGCCGGCCGGGGUCCUGCCGCGCGCGUGCUCGGGGCUGCGGGCCGCCGGGGCCCCGGGGGAGGCGCGUCCCCCAGCUGCGCGGAGCGGGCACCAUGGGGCUCCCCGCGCUUGAAUUCAGCGACUGCUGCCUGGACAGUCCUCACUUCCGAGAGACGCUCAAGUCGCACGAAGCGGAGCUGGACAAGACCAACAAAUUCAUCAAGGAGCUCAUCAAGGACGGGAAGUCCCUCAUCAGCGCGCUCAAGAAUUUGUCUUCAGCGAAGCGGAAAUUUGCUGAUUCUUUAAAUGAAUUUAAAUUUCAGUGCAUAGGAGAUGCAGAAACAGAUGAUGAAAUGUGUAUAGCAAGGUCUUUGCAGGAGUUUGCCACUGUCCUUCGGAAUCUCGAAGAUGAGCGGAUACGGAUGAUUGAGAAUGCCAGCGAGGUGCUCAUCACUCCCUUGGAGAAGUUUCGGAAGGAGCAGAUUGGGGCUGCCAAGGAGGCCAAAAAGAAGUAUGACAAAGAGACAGAGAAGUAUUGUGGAAUCCUAGAAAAACACUUGAACCUGUCUUCCAAAAAGAAAGAAUCUCAGCUGCAGGAGGCAGACAGCCAAGUGGACUUGGUCCGGCAGCAUUUCUAUGAAGUAUCCCUGGAGUAUGUCUUCAAGGUGCAGGAAGUCCAAGAGAGAAAGAUGUUCGAGUUCGUGGAGCCUCUGCUGGCGUUCUUGCAAGGACUCUUCACUUUCUAUCACCACGGUUAUGAGCUGGCCAAGGAUUUCGGCGACUUUAAGACCCAGCUGACCAUCAGCAUACAGAACACAAGAAAUCGCUUUGAGGGCACCAGGUCAGAAGUGGAAUCACUGAUGAAAAAGAUGAAGGAGAAUCCCCUCGACCACAAGACCAUCAGCCCCUACACCAUGGAAGGGUACCUGUACGUUCAGGAGAAACGUCACUUUGGCACUUCUUGGGUGAAGCACUACUGUACGUAUCAACGGGACUCCAAACAAAUCACCAUGGUACCAUUUGACCAGAAGUCAGGAGGAAAGGGGGGAGAAGAUGAAUCAGUCACCCUCAAAUCCUGCACACGGCGAAAAACAGACUCUAUUGAGAAGAGGUUUUGCUUCGAUGUAGAAGCGGUAGACAGGCCGGGGGUCAUCACCAUGCAGGCGCUGUCGGAAGAGGACCGGAGGCUGUGGAUGGAAGCCAUGGACGGCCGGGAACCUGUAUGGAACAAGAACAGAGAGAGCAGAACCAGAGCCACUGCACAGUUGGACACCAUUGGCUUCAGCAUUAUCAGGAAAUGCAUCCAUGCUGUGGAAACCAGAGGGAUCAAUGAGCAAGGGCUCUACAGAAUCGUGGGCGUCAAUUCCAGAGUGCAGAAGCUGCUCAGUGUCCUAAUGGACCCCAAAACGGCUUCUGAAACAGAAACGGAUAUCUGUGCCGAGUGGGAGAUUAAGACCAUCACUAGUGCUUUGAAGACCUACCUAAGAAUGCUUCCAGGACCACUCAUGAUGUAUCAGUUUCAAAGAAGUUUCAUCAAAGCAGCAAAGCUGGAGAACCAGGAGUCUCGGGUCUCUGAAAUCCACAGCCUUGUUCAUCGGCUCCCGGAGAAAAACAGGCAGAUGUUACAGCUGCUCAUGAACCACUUGGCAAAUGUUGCAAACAACCAUAAGCAGAAUUUGAUGACGGUGGCAAACCUUGGCGUGGUGUUUGGCCCCACCCUGCUGCGUCCACAGGAAGAAACCGUCGCUGCCAUCAUGGACAUCAAAUUCCAGAACAUCGUCAUUGAAAUCCUGAUAGAAAACCACGAGAAGAUAUUUAACACCGUGCCCGAUAUGCCUCUCACCAAUGCCCAGCUGCACCUGGCUCGGAAGAAGAGCAGUGACUCCAAGCCCCCGUCCUGCAGCGAGAGGCCCCUGACACUCUUCCACGCCGUGCAGUCAACAGAGAAACAGGAACAAAGAAACAGCAUCAUCAACUCCAGUUUGGAAUCUGUCGUCUCAUCGAAUACAAACAGCAUCCUUAAUUCCAGCAGCAGCUUACAGCCCAACAUGAACUCCAGUGACCCAGACCUGCAUGUGCUCAAACCCACGCGGCCCAACUCACUCACACCAUUCCGGAAGGCGAAAGCCCUGUAUGCGUGCAAGUUGCCAGUGCGCAUGCGGGCACACACACAUGCACGUGCCCGCGCACACACACACAUGCACGUGCCCGCGCACACGCGCACGCACACACACGAGCACCACCCCAUUCCACCCCCCUCCGCCUCCUGCCCUGUCUGCAAUGUCAUCCCUUCAUGCUGUCUCUCCCCUUCCUGUGCAGUUCAUCCAUCUCAGGAGCCUGGCUGGUUGGAGGGGACUCUGAAUGGAAAGACCGGCCUCAUCCCUGAGAACUACGUGGAGUUCCUCUAACCGUGGGCCGCUGCGGAACUGCUGAGCUUUCUCUGGUGUCCAUGACAGCUGCUGAUCCCAGGGCUGUAGGCCAGUUCUCUUUGCCGCUGAGAAAUGCAAGUGACCGACCCUGCUGCUCUCUGUCCACGUGAAUGUUUCUGUGAACUCCGGCGCCACUCACCCCCUGAUCAUCUCAGCUGACUCGCAGUGAUACUGCAGGAAGCAGAAGUAAAUCAGCUGGAGGCCAUUCGAUGCUGAUAAGCGAGAGAAAGGCUCGCAAAGCCAGGUGGUUCUCUCAUUUAGCGCCUGAUCAGGGGACGCUCACGUUGCUUCAGUAGUCUCCCAAGCCCCAGCCUUCUGGAGAAGGAAGUAGGUAAGAUGUAAGUAGUCCCUGAGAGCUUGUGGGGUGGCUGAGUGUGACAGAGCUGGGCAGUGCCUCUGAAGUCCAGGCUGGCUCCACUGCUUCUGUUUACAGCGGGCACUCUCUCUACCCCACCUCUAAGUGCUUGAGACGCCGUGGCCAGGCCGCUGGGUCUGUUUGUUUGCAUGCAGGAUGUGGGGGUUACGGCGCUGUUUACGUAUGAUCCAAUCUCUCACCAUCUCUAAAGCAGCCGUUGGCCCAGCAUCAGCAGAAUUCAGUCCAGUCCUCAUGCAAGGGGACACACGCACCCCGUGCUCCCUGCCUCCCACACUAGGAACUUCUCUGCCACCAAGGGCUGCCAUCGCCUCGUAACCACGGCAACCUAGCCCGCUCUCAAACCAAACCAAAAGAUAACACUCUCUGCAUGACGUCCCUCCGCCCCACCCUGUGUGGUAGGUUUUCAAACCUGAAGCAGAAGAUCAUGGAAUCAGAGUGGUCUCCUUGGGCAGACAGAUUAGCAGCUGGGACCUAUUCCCUUUCUGAUGAAUUUCAGCAACAUCAGGAUAUAUUUGGAGCAAACCCUAGUAACGUCUUGAGAUUAAACAGGCUUAAUAGUUCUGUUCUUCCAUGCAACUACUAUUUGUUUUCUAGAGGGUAGUCUGCCAGUCACCAAUGGGUGAUACCCUCCCUUUAAUUCAUUUCCUCAUGGCCUCCUGUUUACCUGUCCCUUCCCUUGGCAGGGCUACUGACCACUGAUGCCCUGGCAUUUUUCAGGGAUGAUUCCUGGGCCAACCCCAUGGCCUAGCAGGACAUAUAUGUUCACUGCCACUCAGAAAAAAAGGGAAUUGUUUCUCAGGCUAUUGACACAUGGGACUAAUAUCAUAAGCCAUUGUGAUUCAGAAAGACAUCAGAAGGUUGGGGCUUGGAAGGUGGAAUGGGUACCUUCUGAGAAAGAGAAUUUCUGGGUCUCGAAGGGGCUGGGUCUCAGGAAGGCUGCCUCGGGGCUGGGGGGGAGCUCGGCCUGAACAUUCCACACCCACCUGGCCUCCAAGUAACACAGUCGCCGUUAUCUUCCACAUUUGAAUGUCCCUGCGAGAGUGACUCUGGGCGGACACGCUCCAGACCAAUGGGCUGUCAAGCCCCCAGGAGCCUCUCAGGGCGGCAACAUUGCUCCGAGUGUUUCCUGCUUCUGGGAUUCCAAUUUAGGAAAGUUUAAAGAAGAACAGGAAAGACUUGAAUUGUGUUGAAUUACUGUAUCUUUUUUUUAUUUACAUGUUUUUUUCGAAAAGAUAAUUUGUAAAUAGAGUGAUUUCAAAUACUAUAUGGCAAAGUUUUAUAUUUGAUAUUCUUUAAGCUACUUGCUCCACACAUUAAAGCUUUGAUGCCGAAUGAGUGUGUAAGAGGGGGAGGGAGGGGGCGAGGCCGCGAGGAACCGAGGCCGUCCCCCCCUGGCCUCCAAGGGGGAGGAGACGCCUCACACACUCUCUGCCGACUCUGGGCAGGCGUCACGUGUUGACGGCGAUGAGUCUUCUUUACCCAGAUGUGUUUCUGAGCAUUUCUUGGCCUUUGGAUUUGGAAAUGGAAAGAGCAUCUUCAGACAAUGAGUUUUUCAAAGAGCUCCUACUUGGUAGUAAGACGAAGCUCAGGAUCGGUGAGGCCAGGGGUUUGUUUUUUUUUUUCAUUUUUCUUCUCAGGUGUAUCUUGGGUACCCCAAGAUAUCGGGACAGAAGGAGAUGGGAUAGUGAGACCUCCUUGUAGGUAACUCUUCCGCACAUCUUCUAAAUGAGGUCAAGGCAGUUUGCAAAGGUUACGGUUUUGUGAGUUCCAAGAAAAACUGGCUUAUUAGGAUCUUCAGUUCUCAAUAUGCAGCUGCUUCCCCUUUCCCUAAAUGUAUUUAUGCCCUUCCUGUUCAUCUCAGAUUUCCUGUAAUCCCCACAUAAGAGGAAAGACUCCAGAGGGAUGGAGAUUAUGCAAUUAGAGCUUCAUGGCUUUAAAGCUAAGAGAGGUUUGUCAUUGUGAUUCAGUUCUCCUCAGCCUAAGGCUUCCACAGCUACUACCCAGGAGCUCACCCAGUGGCAGCUGAGAUACUACCACUGAGCCAGGGAACCAGAACUGAGACUGGAAAAGACCAGGAUAAGCCUCAGAAAAUGGUCGUUGAAAACCCAAGCAGAAAGCGAAUGUAUGAACAGGCAACCCCUCCUCCCAGCAGACCAACAGCUUGGGGACCUGUCAGAGGGGCCUGCGGGGACAGGCAUGCUGGGUACCACUGUCCUUUACCAGUGAGGAAAGAGUGUGACAUAGUGCUUUUAACACACUUGCCAUUUUAAAUUGUCGCCUGCCCCUUGGGACUGUGACCAGAGCUAGCACGGAAGAGCAGAAGCCCAGGCGCUGGCCGCAGGGGUUCCUGGCCGACGCAUACCUGUCAGUCCUUGGCCCCAGCCCGACUGCUUGGAAGCAUGUUCCUCCUUCCCCAGCUGGCCCUGGUCUGAAGCCAGGGGGAAACAGAGCCACUGCCCAGGGAAAUGUUUAGGUCGACCCCUUCCCAGCCUCCCUGGGGCCAUGCUGGGCCUGGGACAGAUGGCUGCUCUGUUUCCUUCUCCAGCCAGGCUUCCCUCCUCCCCGUUGGCUGCAGAACUGGAGAAACCCUUCAGAAUGUGAUCCAGCAAAUAGGAAGGAAUUUGAGGACUAAAAAUAGACUGUAUCCUCUCUACCAGCAGUGCCCCCACCCCCAACUCCCUCCGCUUGAAUAGGGAGCUUUGGGUGAGGUCAGGGGAGCGAAGCAGCUGUCAGAACAGGAGACCACCACCCAAGGUCCCCGAGUUUCCUGGGAGCCUUGCGUGUCCUGUGGGAGGCCUUGGGAUCAGCUUGGCACACAGAGCCUGAAUCUUUUUUGGGUAAUAUAAUCAGUGUCUCAGUCCUCCUAAAGGUCCUCAAAGAAUUCCACAGCUGCAGAAUGCCAUGCCACGAGAAGGUGACUGGCUUCAAAGCCCUGCUCCCAAGCAAGUAAAUUCCUGCCUUGUUCAAGACUGGCAAUAUUCUUUCUUGUUUUCAAGAGUAAACAGGGAUGGACCGACCCUGUAUAGCAUCACCUUCUUUGGUAUCCUAUUCUUAGAGCCAGUUUUUAGCUUAGUGUUUUAGUAUUUCUACAGCCAAUAUGUUUUCUUCUUCAGACCAAACUCUUUUUCAACGUAAUUCCAGCUCAUCUCCUCCUGCUCAGCGCUUUUUGGACAAAGAGAGAAAGAAAAAUGAGCGAUCAAAUAUUAGCAGACUGGCAUUAGCAGGACAGAGCCAUGCUACUGACAAGGUCAUUUCAGGCCUUUGCCAGGACUCCAAGGACGGACGUGCCCUACCUGUGGCUCGAAGGGAAGUCCUUCCACAAACUGAGUCUGUGUCCCCUGAAAACAGCAACCCCGGGCACACCAAACGCGCUGUCUUAACCACAGAGCUCCAGAAGCAUCCGUGGUUGAGGCUGACUGAAGGCAGAAAUAACCCGCUAAAGAGAACUUGAUCAUCUGUUCAUCACUGUCUGUUGGCACCUUUUAUCCUCUGGCUUCUUAUUCCAAAAGCAAGUUGGAACCACCCAGUUUCAUAGGUGCAGGGCUGCCAGUGGCCUCCACGGCACUCAGCUUGCCCUAGGAUUGAACGUUUAAUGAGCAACCCCAUUACCCACAGUGGUAGCCGCGUUGAAGAAACAACAGCCUCUUAGCUGCCUGACUUCAAAAGGAACAUCCUAGGUGUUCUGUCUCGGGACCUGUCAAUCAUCUCUGGCAAAGUGGACAGUGAUCGGUUACCUAGACAACCCUGCCCCACGUCUCACACACCCUGCGCUGCUGUUUAAAACUGGGUCUCAUGCCCAAAUGUGUUUGGCAGUCAUGCUGAUCUGCUGGGUGCUGAACCGCUUCUCUGUAAUUGUAGCAUCAAAAUGACAACGGCAGCAGAGCAAGGAACCUUGCGCAACCCUACAGCAUGCCUGAGACAAGGCUCAAACAAGUAAUAAUUAGCUUUUUUCCUUUCGCCGCCUACAGUACUUGUCUAACUUAAGAGCUUCCCGGAGCAGAGGGAGAGGCACACAGAGAAUCCAGACAUCAUUCAGAGGCAGCCUUUGCUGAAAUGUGGUCUUCUAAUGGAAGCACUUAUAUUCUUGGGAGAAAAUGUCUAGAUCUAAAGUGAUGCUAGGAGCAGAGAGAACAGUGAAUCAUACUGAAGAACUUCAGAUUUGUUUUAAAAGGGAUAAACACAGUUCUUAAUAGGAGAAAAAAAUCUAUCACAGGGAAAGUUCACAAAUGAUUUUUUUACCAAAGUGUUACAGGAUGCUAUAAGAUGGAAGCAUCUUUCAAGACGGAAUGCUUUAGAAUGCAUAGGCUUGGCACCAUCCUAGAUCCAUGGAAGGGCAGUAAUUACUACUAUGUCAAAAUUCUCUUCAGUGUAGUCGUUGAGAUCCAGAAUAUUGAUAAUCAGAACAUCAGAAUUACCUGGAGCAGUCCUGGAUACAUCAGGACAUUCUACACCAUUCUACAUGGGCCAUUCUACAAAGUCAUCUGAAUGGGCACCUGUAAGCAGGCUCCUUGGGUAUCCAGAUGCAAAGGUCAGCCUCGUACCCUUGACAAGAGGUUCACCUGAUGAUUCUAAAGUAUGUAUGUAUUAGUAUCCGUGUAUGUGUAUGUACAGCACAUAUUUACGUGUGUUAAGAUACAGACGCCCAGCCAGGAACCCGCAUAAGCUGGCAGUUGCUCAGCCUUCACAGCCAUUACGGUGCAGAUGUUAAGAAUUAGAGGAACGCGAGAGGCCGGCAGUUGACUAUCAAAGUGAUCAAAGAUGUAAAUUAAGUGCCAUUUUAAAACUUUGUUCAUAUUUAUCAAAUGAUUACUAUCUACAGCUAUAUUCCUUAUUAACUUAUUAAAACUCAUGUUGAAAGAUCAAAUUCAUAAAUGUUUAGUAGCUAAUACUAGGCUAGUGUUCAAAAGCACUCUAAAAGACCUUUUGUCCGUAUUUUGGAGAAGGAAAUAUGUGCAUGUUUAAUUCAUAAUCUAGGCUACCUUUGAGUAUACUGUAAAGUGCUGUGUGAUAUAAUAUCAAUAAAGUACUUAAAAAUGGCACUUUAAUGUUUUCCUUGAAACCAUAAAUUAUGCACUGUUUUAAACUUCAGUAUUGAGUAUUGACUUGUGUGUAAAAUCCAAUUCUGUAAUUAAAAAGUAAUUUGUGACUAGAAUAGAACUUUUUCCCUGUUAUUAGUCAAACGGCUUUGCCAUGUUGAGGCUUUAAAAAACAGAAAUGUGCUUUUGAGUCACUAAGUGUAUCUAUAAAGAAAAUUUCUAUUGAGUGGCCUCUGAAAUGGCUUUCUUACAUUUGGUUGGUUUAUGUGACAAUCCUUAUGAAAUGAGUAGAAGUAUGAUUUUGGAAUUAAAUGACUUUUCCAUUUGC